AUGGCGUACUCUUCGUCAAAUGCAAGCUCAUCGCCCGAUCAGUCCACUCCGGACACCGAUAACCAGACGGAUGUUGAUGGGUACAACACCGCGAAUACUCCAUGCACGGACAUUCUCACCGCACCUAAAAUCGAGGAACUGGACUUGAACUCUCCAGACGACCUGAAAGACAUCGAACCAUCCACGGCCCUCACAGCGCCAAAGAAACGUGGCAGACCGAGGAAGGAACCAUUCAUUGGACCUCAAAAAGCAUCCCAUGCCAGAUCAAAAACAGGCUGUGGCACCUGUCGCAGACGGAAGAAGAAGUGCGACGAAACGAAGCCAUUCUGCACGAAUUGCGAGAAGAACAAUUACGUUUGUAGUGGCUAUGAACCGAAGCAAUUAUGGCGUGGUGGCCGAGUGAAAGCUCCCAUGACGGAGUCACCCAACCUACCUCCGCUCGUCAAAGGAAUGGAUGGCAGCAAUGUGUCGAGCUACUUUCUGACAUAUUUCACCGAACGCCUGAGCAAUUGCCUGUCAUUAACGGACAAUUACAAUCCAUUUCGCACGAUCAUCUUCGAACGUGCGUUGCAACAUAAGGGUCUGCUGCACAGUGUGCUAUUCCUCUCGGGGAGCAGCCUGACUGCGACCAGCAAGGAGACGAAUCAAGCAUGGGAGACUUGUCAAGAGCAUCAUGGAAGUCAAGCGUUCAACUCACUGUUUGAGGAUAUUGGUAAAGCCACCGCUGCCGAGGGACAAGAAUCAUCCGAAGCCAUGCAAUUCUAUGGAGACUCGUCUAUCGCGCAGGCUCUGGUACUGUGUCUUCAGACAGUCUGCGCGGGAGAUCUCACCGGAUCAUAUCGCACCCACCUCGACGCCAUGAAACGCAUGCUCACCGAAACCUCCUACACCUUCUCCGACCCGACCUUCCGCACCUUCAUCCUCGAAUUCCUCCUCUACCAUGACUUCUCCUCCUCCAUCACCUCCCUAACAAACCCUCUCGACGCCCGCUCCCUCACCCUCAUGCGCUCCUUUCACGAAACCUCUUCAUCCGACUCCUCCUCCUCCAGCGGGAACCUCCUCGGCGUGCUGGACGGUCUCUUCGACCUCCUCGCCCGAAUCCGCUCCCUCCGCGACACCAUCCGCGCCCUGCGUGGCAUCCAAGGCCGGCACUGGCACAACUUUGACGUCUCGCAGGAAGCAUUCGCCAUCGACACCGCGCUGCGCCAUUGGAUAUGUCCGCACACUCCCGACAAUCCCCGAUACGCCGCUUCGCUGCUCUACCGCCAAUGCACCUGGAUAUACCUCUACCGCACGUUUCAACCCUCCAUUCCAUCGCCUGUGUUCACCGAAGCGGUCGAUCAGGGACUGUCGUACUUGAGAGACUUGCCUGAGGAGAUGCAGAGUAUCCUCCUCAUGCCGUUGUUCUUGCUGGGUUGUGCGGCGUGGGAGGAGGGACAGAGGAGGGAGAUUGAGAAGGCUUUGGAGCGGUUGGAGAAGUGGAGUCAGUUGGGGAAUAUUCGCUAUGCGAGGGAGGUGAUUCGGGAGGUUUGGGCGAGGAUGGACCGAGGUGACGAGGAAGGCAGUUGGGAUUGGGAGGAUGUCUUGGGGACGAAGGGGUGGGAUUUCUUGGUGACUUGA